CAGACAGGCAAGACCCGACCCUGGGAAUAAAAAAACACGCAGCCCCGUCUGUUUGAAGAUUAUUUUAUUGCAGCGAGGUAGGGCAGUUCAGUGAAUUUCUCCAUGAAUGUACGUCACAAUGAUGAUGACAGACCAGAUUCCACUGGACUUGGCUCCGCCCCCCCUCCUGAACGGGGAGGUCCCUCUAAUGCCUCACAUGGUUAACGGUGACGCAGCACAGCAGUUGGUACAGGUGAUCCUGGUGCAGGUGAACCCGGGGGAGACGUUCACCAUCCGGGCAGAGGACGGCUCACUGCAAUGCAUCCAGGGUCCUGCUGAGGUUCCCAUGAUGUCCCCAAAUGGGUCAAUCCCCCCAAUCCACGUCCCCCCAGGAUACAUCUCACAGGUGCUGGAGGACACCACAGGGGUCCGCCGGGUGGUGGUGACCCCCCAGUCUCCAGAAUGCUACCCUCCUUCCUACUCUCCGGCCCUCUCCCCCACACACCACCUGCCCCCGUACUUGGCUCACCCCCACUUCAUCCCCAACUCUCACUCUUUCUACCCCCCUGUCAGCCCCGGGGAGCUGCCUCCCCACCAGUACUACCAGCACCACCUUCCCCCCAUGUACGGUGAUCCAGAAAUCAUCCCGGUUUAUGGGAUGUCUAACUUCAUAGGCAGAGAGGAGACGUACAGUAAGCCACAGCCCAAAAAGAUAAAGGAGAGACAACUAGAGCGACAGAACCGACUCAACUCCCCUCCCUCCACUCUCUAUAAGGGCAGCCUGGGGCCAGCACACAACGGAUACAGCAACAAAUCACACGCCCCAUCGCUCGGGUCAGUGGGGUCAGGGGGCGGCCUCGGCAGUCCAGGAGGGAAAAAGCCAGAGAGACGACUCCGCAGCAGUCCACGAAACAGUGAACCAGAGACACACACACAAGAUCAUGAUUCAGAGGGGAAGCGCGUUCAAGACAUGCUGUCUACAAUCGACAAACCACAGGUGUCAAACGUGCAGGCGCGGUCCGCACGGCUGUCCUGGGCCCCCCCGGCAGGGCUGGUGACCAGGCAUAGUAACGGGAUGCCUGUGUCCUGCUCCUACGAGGUCUCUCUCUCAGAUAAGGGACGAGACGGGAAGUAUCGUCUCAUAUACAGCGGCGAAGAAUUGGAGUACCAUCUGAAAGACCUAAGGCCAGCGACAGACUACCACGUACGGGUGUCGGCAAUGUACAACUCGGUUCGAGGCUCGUGUUCAGAGGCGAGCUCGUUCACCACACACUGCAGCGUCCCUGACGUCCCGCUAACCCCAAAACUCUCCCACCGCACCAAGAGCACCCUCACCCUACAGUGGAAGCCCCCGGGCGACAACGGAUCCAAAAUCACAAACUACCUGCUCGAGUGGGAUGAGGGAAAGAAGAACAGUGUUUUCAGAGAAUGUUACUUUGGGAGCCAGAGACACUGUAAGCUGACACGACUGUUCCCCGCCUGUGGCUACACAUUCAGAGUGGCUGCGCACAACGACAUUGGCACAAGUGGCUUCAGCACAGAGGUGGUGUUCUACACUAUGGGCACCCUGCCUGCUCUGCCCCUGGCGCCGCGGCUGGUCAGGGCGGGGGUGUCCUGGGUGACCCUGGAGUGGGGGCGUCCUGAGGGGAGUCCUAGCGAGGAGCAGCUCAAAUACACACUCGAGAUCCAGGAGGACAACAGCGGAACAGACUUUCAUCCAAAGUACACUGGAGAAAACUUGACCUGUACUGUACAAGGCCUGAAGAGGAGUACACAGUAUAAAUUCAGGCUCAUAGCGUCGAACAUGGAGGGAAAGAGCAGUCCCAGUGAAGUGUUGGUGUGCACCACCAAUCCAGACAAACCAGGCCCUCCAUCUACGCCCUGUGUCACCGCAGCGACACCCUACGGAUUCACCGUCACAUGGGAUCCUCCCCAGGACAACGGGGGCUCAGAGGCUCUUACGUACCUGCUCGAGAUCUCAGAGGGAUGCUCCGAAGCGAGCCAGUGGGAGGUAGCGUACACUGGUCCAGCAACAGAAUGUGUGUGUGAGCGCCUGACACCUGGGACCUUCUACCGCCUACGUGUGUGUAGCAUCACAACCGGAGGACACAGCCCUUGCACUGUUAGUGUUCCGGUCCGUACAUUAAGCGUCCCACCAGGCCGCUGCCAGCCACCAAGGAUUGUGGGUAAAGCCAAACACAAGGAAGUGCAGUUAGAAUGGGACCCUCCUGUCUCUGAGGGAGUGUGUGAGGAGUGUGUGUUCAGUUUGGAGAUGAGCGAGGGCGACACCAAGCCAGCAGAGGUCUAUCAUGGGUCGGAGCUGCAGUGCACUGUUGGUAGUCUGCUGCCGGGUGCAACAUACAGCUUCCAACUGCGGGCUGCCAACGAAGCUGGGUUCGGAGCGUACUCGGAGCCAACAGAGGUGACGACUGCAGCGGGCCCUCCUGGCCAGUGCGGAGCACCUCUCAUCACUCUCACCAGUAACACCUGCGUAACGCUCAACUGGGAGAGUCCCGAGGGUUCGGGUACAGACAUCUCUGAGUAUCGUCUGGAGUGGGCGAUGGAAGAUGAACCCAUGGAGCUCAUCUACUGCGGAGCUGCCACACAGUGUGAAGUGUCCGACCUGACGCCUGCCACAGAUUUCUGCUGCAGGCUACAGGCGGUGAACCAGGCAGGCGCCGGUCCCUACAGCGAGCAGGUGAGUUUCCGGACCCCGGCAACGAAUCCCGACCAGGUCUCCUCCCUCUCGCUCCUGGACCUCCCGACAUCCUUGGACGCAGGUCACUCCCCGUCUACCUGCCUCCUCCUGAAGUGGGAUGAGCCGAACAGCAACGGGGCGGAGAUCGCCUCCUACGUCAUCACCCUGGACGACCAAACCAUCACUGUGGAGUCGGGGAUGAGUCACCUUGUCACAGGGCUGCAGCCUGACAGCGAAUACAGUGUACAUAUCCAGGCGGUGAAUGCCAUCGGCUCCAGUCCCUUGAGUCCACCCCUGCUGGCAAGAACACGCCCCCUCCCUCCGGCCCCGCCCCCACUCGAAUGCUCGGCGGCCGGCCCUCAGAGCCUGAAGCUGAAGUGGGGCGAAAACGCCAGCAACACGCACACCCGCGCCCUGCUCGCUGAUGACAUGGUCUACACACUACAGAUGGAGGACAAGAACCACAGGUUUGUGACCAUCUACCGCGGCCCCAGCCACACCUACAAGGUCCAGCGAUUGACUGAGUCCAGCAGCUACAGCUUCAGAAUACAGGCCAUUAGUGACGCUGGGGAGGGUCCUUUCUCUGACACACACACCUUCUGCACCACCAAGUCUGUACCCCCUGCCCUCAAAGCUCCCAGAGUGCACCAGCUGGAGGGGAACAUGUGCGAGAUCACAUGGGAGACUAUCCCACCAAUGAGAGGAGAUCCUGUGAGCUACGUGCUCCAGGUGCUGGUGGGACGCGAGUCAGAAUACAAACAGGUUUUUAAGGGAGAGGAGGGCGUGUUCCAAAUCUCUGGUCUCCAGGGCAACACAGACUAUCGUUUCCGAGUGGGCGCCUGCCGCCGCUGCCAGGACACGUGCCAGGAGCUGUGCGGACCACUGAGCCCCUCCUCCUUGUUCACGCUGCGUCGCCAGGAGACGGCGUCGUCGGGAGAGCUGUGCGCCGUGGAAACGGGCAAAGGCACGGGCCUGAUCUCCAGCGACGAGCGCUUCGCGGCGCUCAUCGUGUGCGUGUUUGCGGGCUUCUCCAUCCUCAUCGCCUGCUUGCUACAGUACUUCUUCAUGAAGUGAGGGAAUUUUAAACUAUAGGAUAGAAAGAGAAAGCGAAAUCACAGAGAAACUUUAAAAAAAAAAAAAAAUGUCUAUGAAAGAACCGAAUGAAAUCAAAACAAACACUUGAGAUGUACUUCUAAGGCUAUGUAUGUUUUGUUUUUUUUUGUUGUUUUUUUUUAGUCAAAGUAUCGAGUCUGGCUUUUCCUCACCUUGUUCCUGUUGUCUUCAGCCUUCACUAAGUUCGGUCUCAUUUCUCUCUACGUCUCUGUCGUCUUUGUGUCACUGUCCGUUUCAUUUGUUAAGGAUUUCUGUCGAGGGAAGCCUUGUCUUAGCUGUACCUCGGUUGGGAAAGAAAACUGAUAAUCAAGCCUUAAAAUAGCUGUGAGCAAAGCAGUUGCUCCUCAGACUGACUUGCAUGUUUUUAUUUUGUAUCUUUUUAAAACAUACUCGAUUAGAGAACGUGUAUAUUUCUUGACGGUCAUUGCCUUACUUUUUUUUUUUUUUUUUGUUUGCUGCAGUCUUUAUUCAUUUCAGCCAUAUUCCAAUGUAGGCCUACAAAGCUUUAGCCGUUCAUACCUUAUUAUCCAGUUUGUCGCUACUCUUACAGACUGUUGGUCAACUCAUGCAAUCUGCACCUGCUUUCACACACACACACACACACACACACACACACACACACAGACUGACAAACAUACACACAUGCACACAUUCACGAUCACACUCAUGCAAUGACGGUGAGAAACGCACAUUUUUUCCUCCUAAGAAGUCAAUCGCAUAUCAGCUCAGCUUUUAACAUUCAAUCACUCACUCAUUCAGCUACCAAAGUGAUGCAAUCCAUGUGUGGUGUAAGAUGCUGCUAUCCUGUGAUUUUAUUAUAUCUAAGAAAGAAUGGAAAACCAGUAAUCUAAUAUAUAUACACACAAUCUAUAUAUAUAAAUAUAUAUUAUAACAAAUAUCUAUGAUGCUAUAAAAGUGAUGUAAUAUAAGUGAUGGCAAUGUAAGGUCUGAAGUACAGUGUGAAAGGGGAGGAGUCGACUCUAGGUGCUCACAAACAGCAGCUCUGAGGUCAGUUCAGCAGCUCGAAGGAGCCCUUAAACACUGGUCUUGGAUCAGAAUAUGAACCGUUGUAGGUAUUCGAAUGUUGGGCAUAAACUGGCUUUAGGAAGCAGGGCUGGGAUCGUGAUUGGCUGCAACUUAACCAGGAAAGGGCUGACUGGCUCUAGGUCAGCCCUUCCGUCGUUCUACCAUCUCAAGUACCAUUGCUCCAGCCUAUUUAUCUGUAGCUUUAGUAGCGAUGUGCCCUUAGCGUCACAGACCCAGAGGUGCUAACAGCCUGCCAAGCUAACUGCCCUUCUCAGAGCUCUGUGUGUUAACCAGGAAAGCCAUUAGGAGUUAGCUUGAGCUUUACCCCCCGUCUCUUUGAAAUUUAGCCAGCCAGAGCAGUGCUGAAGCCGUAGUUUCUCCUUCCAGCUAGUCUGUGAAUCGAUACAUUUGAAGACUCUUCUCCUCUUUUCUCCUCCCCUGCAGCAUAAUUAUCCGUGAUUACCUUUUCGCUCUGGCUGCUCUCCUCUUGCUUUCGACCCAUCCCUUCUUAUCUGCCCAUGCGCCACUCUCUCCGCCUCCUCCUCUCUUCCCCUCCUUCUGUUCUCUCUCUCUCUAUUAAAAGGUGCUUUAUUGACAUGUAAUCAGAGCAGUAGCAAGUCUGUGGUCUCUCCUCAGACGGACAUGUUCUCUGGGGAUUUGAACUAAUGUUCACUAACCAAACCAGCCUUUGACAGAACAGAACACGACUCAACAGAACAGGGCAUUCUGACACACGUUAGUUAACCACCCUCCCGCCUGACUCCUGAACCCCCCCUUUAAUCCCGACCCGAAAAACAAAGCCAAGGUACAGCCCAAUACACACCCUGAUGAUCCAAAGAAGUCACCCUCACCUGCUUGAUUAUUGUGUGACAUGUCUACUUUUUGUCAGGUGGGGUGCAGGGGAAGAAAGGAUUGGGUGGGAAGGAGGGGUUUAGCGCCGCCGCUCGGCUCUGAUUGGCAGCCUGUAACGUACCUCAGGGAUAAGGCCUUACAGAGGGGAGAUCUAAUCCUGUCAUCCCCAUCGCUGUCAUCGUCGUCAUCAUAUUAAGCCUCUCUUCCUCCGUUUCUCUCUCUCUCUCUCUCUCUCUCUCUCUCUCUCUCUCUGUGUCUUCCUCCCUCCCUCCUAUCUUUCAUUUUUUUGAUGCUGUAUCUUGUCCUCUGUCAAUGCUGUGCCUUGCUCCUGUAUGUGUCAGUAAGCAAAGUGGUUUACUAGCUCAAAAUACCUUUGCCAAAGUUGAUGGGAAAGUUAAGGUAGAGUUCUUUUCUAGGUUUUAUUUAUACUAUAUAUUUGCAUACAGUACUUUACAUGCCAAUUACAGUGCAAUCUUCAUUUAUUUAUUGUUUAAAGAUUAAGAGACAAGUGUAGUUAUAUACUAAUUUUUUUCCUUGUAGCAUGUUUUUUUUUUUCUUUUUUAAUUUUUUUUUUUUAAUGGAUGUAUGUUAGAUUGUAUGAUUAAGGCCAGCAUUCCUUAUCUCAGUAACCCUUUAAGUAUUUCUCUUACAGCUGUUGGGAACGUGUAGCUCAUCAGUCCAUGCAUUGCAGUUAUCAUUGCCGUUUUUCAAAACAUGUAACCAAAUGUAUUUUUGUUAUUUUUUCAUCUCCUGUUGCGGCCGUGCACAGCCGAGCAGUUCUUGUAAUGCUUAGAGAGACAUGUAGCAAAAAGCAAAGGCCUUAGGGGUCAAGUUCAAGUCAUCUGUAUUGGGAUAAACGUCGCUGCCUUUGGCUUAUUUUUUUAUUUUUAUUCUCCUGAUUAGUGUUAUAAUGAAGCUUCUGAUAUCUUUUUACUGUUUUAUUGCCAAAGCGCAGGCUUCUUGUGUCCACUAGAUGUUGCGUUCGCAGUCGUCUAAAGGGUUCUGUGAUGUUCUUCUGUAACGACACAGCAUUAUUAUUAUUGUUAUUAUUAUUCUCUCAAAAGGAAAAAAAAACAUUAACUUGAUCUGUGAUUAUGCUUCUUUUCAUAUUAUCUUUUAUUAUUUUGUUUUGUAAAGCAAAAAUGUGCCAUUUUUGAGAUGUGUAGCCCCUUUCGGAGUUUUUAACACGGCCUGAUUUCACACUGAAAGGUUAAAAUUUAAAAAAGAAAAAAGGCAAAAACAAUCAUGCGAUGAUUUCAGGCAGAUGAUGACAAUAAUAAUAUUGACGAUUCCUUGUUCAGGCUAGUGCUGGUAUAGCAGUAGUUAGUAUUUUGUAUCCAGUAUUUUGCUAAGAGAUGAUAUACAGAGAUAUCUAUAGAGCUAUAGAAUGAGAUGGUAAUACAUUAUGACUAACAGAGUUGAAGCACUUUUUUAUGCCAAGCAUUAGUCUUGAUGAGGUUAAUGUGAGCGAGAGGAGACGCGAGGUCCAUCGCUCUGUUCCAAACACUACUGCCAACGCCGUCUGUUACAUUCAUUGGCAUUAUUCUGUCGUUGGCAUCACUGUGACAUUGGCAUUACUGGAGCAUGGUUCUGUGCUUCUUAGAUGGCACCCUGCUCCCUGCGGCAGAGCAGGUGACAAAGGAAGUACAGUUCAUGUGGUUCCUUUCUCAGACGUGCUCAUGGUGUCUACCUAGCCUGUUGCAUUGUAGUCGACAGGUGAUAUGUGAGGUGUCCUGUCCUAAAACCCCUGAUGUUAUGUUGCCCACCCACAGCCCCCCGCCCCCUUAUUCCCCCCUCUUCAAGCCUUAAUGCCCCAAUGGGAGAGCAGAGGUGUUUGGCCGAGCUCAGGCCAGUCAUGUUAGUGUUGUAAAGUCCGAGGUUAACGCCAUGUUAACCGAAAGGCUGUGUGUUUGUGGGCAGGGUACUCCCCCAUGUGCUUUGUUGUGUUUUUUUUUUGUUUGUUUUGUUAUUUUCAAAUGCUGGUGAUUUUAUAGACACCCCGCCCCCUCCCCUACCCACCCACCCUGCAGGUCCUGCACAUUUGGCGGGUAUGUCGAGAACGAGAGACAAUUUUUUUUGCCCAGCAACCCCACGUCUGUGCCUUCUGAUCAGUUUUAUUUUACUUUUUUUUUUCUUUUUUUUAUGUUUUGUACGUUUUACAGUAAGUAGAGAAUUUUGACUGAGAAUUUGGCGAUUUGACAAACGUACAGAGACUCACAGGUAUUUAACUAUUUUUUAAGCGAGACAAAAAAAGAAACAUAUUUUUACCUCACGAUUUAAAAACAAACAUUCCAAUGUUGUCAUGGUCUACGAAUUGAGAAAAAAAAUAAGAAAUUCAUGCAUUUCUUCUUGUAUUGUAAAUGUUAGACAAUUUCAUAUGCAUUAUAUAAAAGAAACUGCCAUAUCAAUUUUAAUGUAUAGAUUUUUGCAAAUACUACCCUAUGUAUGUAAGACGUAACUGUAUCGGUAGCGUAUAUAUAAUAUAUUUAUGCCCAAUAAAUGUUUUGAUUUUUUUUUCUGA